GUUUUGUUUGUCCGUGCGGGGCAAGAAAGCUGUAAAGCAGACCAGUAAAGUGCGAAAGAAAGAAAAAUGGAAGCUCUGAAACUCCCUAUCAUAGACCUCUCUUCAGCGGACCGCUUCUCCGCUGCCCAAUCAAUCCGUCAGGCAUGCGUAGAAUAUGGUUUCUUUUAUCUGGUGAAUCAUGGAGUAGAUGAGGAAUUGCUUGGAACCAUGUUUGAUCAGAGUAGGAAAUUCUUCUCACUUCCCUUGGCACACAAGAUGACUUUGGCUCGCAAAGAACAUAGAGGUUACACGCCUCUCUAUGCUGAGAAUCUUGACCCCUCUUCUUCUUCUAAAGGUGACUCAAAAGAGAGUUUCUACAUUGGUCCUUUGGAAGGAACUCUUAGUAGCUUGAAUCAGUGGCCCUCUGAAGAAGUUUUGCCAUCUUGGAGAUCCACAAUGGACCUUUUCUAUAAAAAAGUCCUGGAUAUUGGAUGUAGAUUAAUCCAUUUAAUAGCUCUAGCUUUGGAAUUGGAUGAAGAUUUCUUUGAGAAAGUGGGAGCAUUGGAUAUGCCAUCUGCAUUUCUACGCUUGAUACACUAUCCAGGCAAAUUAGAUUUGUCUGGUGAAGAAAUAUAUGGUGCUUCUGCUCAUUCAGAUUAUGGAAUGAUCACUCUUCUAGCUACUGAUGGGAUUCCAGGACUACAGGUUUGUAGGGAGAAAUUCAAAGAAUCAAGGGCAUGGGAGGAGGUGCCAAGUAUCAAGGGGGCAUUCAUUGUUAAUAUUGGGGACAUGAUGGAGAGGUGGACUAAUUGUUUAUUUCGGUCAACCCUUCAUAGAGUGAUGCCAACAGGACAAGAACGCUACUCUGCUGCAUUCUUUUUGGAUCCCAACAGUAACUGUGUAGUGGAAUGCCUGGAAAGUUGUUGCAGUGAAUCCUGUCCCCCAAGAUUUCCCCCCAUCCGCAGUGGGGACUACUUUAAAGAGCGGUUAAGACUUACAUAUGGAUCAUAAGAGGAGCUUUCAGAUUGGUGGUCGUAUGCAAAAGUUAAAGUUUAAAUACUUUCCCUUUUAUAAUGGGUGUCACCAUUACAGCCCAUAUAUAAAUUUUAACCCUCAACAUGUGCUUUUCUGGGGAUAACUGUAUUUACCCUCCUGUUUUUAUUCUAUUAGUUCAUAUUCUGCGGUUUGAAAUAUGAAAUUUGGGCUUUGGUACAA